GCUCCGUUCUUCAGAGCAGCAGGCGCCCAGUCAGCGCAGCUCUCUCCUGCCGAUAACGGAGAGGACGGGAGUUGUUGCUUUCCCCCCCACAUUUUCUUGGAUAUACCGUCUCCUCGCCAAGAUGAGGCUUAUUUUUGUUGUUGUUGCGGUUGCGGCUUUGUUGACAGAAAAUCUAGCGCUUCCAGUUGGAAAAGAAGGACAGAGAGAAGAUGUGGUUACACGAUGCUUGGUUGAAGUCCUGUCCAAAGCUCUCUCCAAACCGGACUCUCAGCUGGAUCAGGAAUGCAAAGAUAUCCUCCAAGCAGGGGUCAAACAUGCCCCACUGGACAAGAAGAGUGCGGAGGGUAUAGCAACUCAUGGAGAGGUGGUCAAAGGUCAUCCUGAAGUGCCUGAGGCAAAGGGAGCAGAUGUGAAAGACAUCGAGGCUCUCCUGAAAUCCGUGGAGGAAAAAAGAGAAAUCCCAGAAGACGAGCGCAGCCAAGAAUCCUGGAGUCUGGGUGACGAGAAGGAGAAGAGACAUGAGAAUGAGGAGGAAGAAGAGCGGGAGAAGAGGAGCAGCUGGAGGCCUGGAAGAUACCACCAACGGAAAAACAAACGAGGAGGAGAAGAAGACAACGAACGCAGUCAGGAGAGUUGGGGUUUAGAGGAGAAGAGAUCAGAAGAAGAAGAAGAAGGCGAAGACAGAGAGAAGAGGAACUGGAGGCCUGGAAGAUACCACCAAAGAAAACACAAACGAGAUGAGGAACCUUUAGGAGAAGAGAGGGAGGAGCCAGAGGAAGAACGUAGCCAAGAGUACUGGGAUGUAGACAAAAGGCAUGGGAACGAGGAUGAGGGGGAGAGAUACAAGCGCAUAUGGAAGCCCACACAUCGCUACCACCACAAGAAAAAGCUCCACAAACGUGGUGAGGAGGAAGAUGAAGAUAGCAGUCGCAGCCAGGAAUCUUGGGGUCUUGACGAUGAGAGAGAAAAGAGGGACUGGAGGGCUGGAAGGUACCACCAGAGGAGACACAAACGUGAUGAAGAGCUCGCAGAAGAAGCCAGGGAAGAGCCUGAUGAAGAACGCAGCCAGGAAUCUUGGGGUCUCGAAGGUGAGAAAGACAAGAGGGACUGGAGGGCUGGAAGGUACCACCAGAGGAGACACAAACGUGAUGAAGAGCUCGCAGAAGAAGCCAGGGAAGAGCCUGAUGAAGAACGCAGCCAGGAAUCUUGGGGUCUCGAAGGUGAGAAAGACAAGAGGGACUGGAGGGCUGGAAGGUACCACCAGAGGAGACACAAACGUGAUGAAGAGCUCGCAGAAGAAGCCAGGGAAGAGCCUGAUGAAGAACGCAGCCAGGAAUCUUGGGGUCUUGAAGGUGAGAAAGACAAGAGGGACUGGAGGGCUGGAAGGUACCACCAGAGGAGACACAAACGUGAUGAAGAGCUUGCAGAAGAAGCCAGGGAAGAGCCUGAUGAAGAACGCAGCCAGGAAUCUUGGGGUCUUGAAGGAGAGAGAGACAAAAGGGACUGGAGGGCUGGAAGGUACCACCAGAGGAGACACAAACGUGAUGAAGAGCUCUCAGAGGAAGCCAGGGAAGAGCCCGAUGAAGAACGUAGCCAAGAGUACUGGGACUUUGAUACCGGAAGAGAUAAGAGAGACUGGAGGGCCGGGAGGUACCACCAGAGGAGACAGAAACGUGAUGAGGAGCUCUCAGAGGAAGAGAGAGAAGAGCCCGAUGAAGAACGCAGCCAAGAGUACUGGGACUUUGAUACUGGAAGAGAUAAGAGAGAGUGGAGGGCCGGCAGGUACCACCAGAGGAGACAGAAACGUGAUGAGGAGCUCUCAGAGGAAGAGAGAGAAGAGCCGGACGAAGAACGCAGCCAAGAGUCCUGGGGCUUGGACAAAAGAAAUGGAAAAGAAGAGGAAGAAAUAGAAAAGCGCAUAUGGAAACCAACACAUAGAUACCACCAUAAAAAGAAACUCCACAAGCGUGGCGGAGGCUCAUCGGAAGAAGAGGAAGAACAGAGGAGUGAUUCAGAGGAAUAUGAGGAGGCGGCAAAGGACAAGGACAAUGCUCUGAGAUAUUUGGCAGAGAAGCGUAAUCCCUGGAUUUUCAGAGGCUACUACCAUCCUGCAUGGUUUAAAAGAAGUUCAGAUGAGCACGCUGCAACCUCAGACAAGAUGGAGGAACUGGCUAAAUUGCUGAAGUAUAAGAUAAACCAGCUGGCCAACCACUCUAAUCAAGAUGAGGCAAAGAGGAGCACACACCAGAGAGCACUUAACGCGCAGGAGGAGAAAGAGCUGGAAAACCUAGCAGCGAUGGACAUGGAGUUGCAGAAAAUUGCUGCCAAGUUGCAUGACAACAGUGCUUAAAGCAGGAUGGACAUCAUUUGAUUUCACUACCAGUGGAUAAAAAAAAAAACUCCUGUCUUACUGUAUGUCUGCCAGUUUAGUGUGGUUACAGUGUUGAAAAAGACAAAAAAUUAACACAUAAAAACCCUUGAGCCUUGCCAAAAACAUUUUAUCAACUUGUUUAUUAUGGUAUUUGUGAUAUUUUGAUGUUUAAUCAGCAUGGGAAUGGUUUAAUGUUAUAUGUAUAUGAUAAGAGAAACUAUGAAAAUAAUAUAUAUCUGAGAAAUCUCGUCUGAAAUUAUUCAAAUAAUAGUGUUCUGAAGAAUUUGUUCACUCUGCACUCAAUAAAAGGAGUUAUUCUGGGACCAAACAAA